AUUUGUCCUGCACCUGACCUAAUCCUAAUCCUCUUCCUCACCUUCGCAUUUCUUCUUCCUCUUCUUCUCCCUCUUCGUCCUCCAUUACCACAUUCACCUAGGCCUAUAUCUACUUUUCUUACUAUCCACCUUGCUUUCCGGCCAUUGCAAAACUUAUUCCCUGAGCAUUGCAAGAAUCCUACGCCUGCCCGCCUACUUACCUACUCGCCUACCCGUCUACUCGCAAGCCCGCCAAUUGACCAGGAAAGACGCCCGAACAAGUACAGGAAUUCCCACGACCAUGACGUCCCUUGCGGCGGGGAUAGUCGAUCCCACGAAAGCCGGCAAAUACCCAGUCGUUCUCAGCGACGCCUUGCUCGGCAAGGAUCCCAAGGAACUCUUCACCGGCGUGAGAUACAAUCACAAGCCGCCCUUGUCUUCAAGCACAGCGCCUGCUCAGGCACGAAUAAAACCCGCCCCCUCCACCUCCAAGAAAGGUGCUCCUUCGUAUGAUCUCGCCUUCCAAGAUGACGGCGGUCGCUAUCAGUACAAAGGUACCUCUGGCGCCGAAAAGAGCCAGUACGUGCUCAUCUUCGACCCGGCCCGCGAGGUCUUUGUCCUACACAAAGUCAAUUCCAUGUUCAACAUGAACUUGGUGCGGACGCCGUCCAACGACAACGCCGAGAGCUUGCGACGCGAAUUUCCGCAUCUCGAGGCCCACAGCAGCAGCACUAGUGCUAAAGCCGCUGCUUCGGCUGGCGGCAGCAAAUCAGCUGCUAAGGGAGGCAACGACCAGAAGAAGACGGCGGCUAAGUCGCGAAAGCAAGCUGCUCCCCCGGUUGAGGAGAAACCACGUCUCGCCAUGCCCGAGAAGAAAGCGCCGCCGCCGCCGCCGAAGCCCGCGGCUAACAACAAGCGGCGGCAGGCCUCAGAAGAAGAAGAUGAAGAGAGCUCAGACGACGAUCUCGGCCUCACUAUUGAGAAUCCGGGCGGGGAGGCCCCGAGCACGAACCGCGACUUCUCCCCCAUCUUUGGAAUUCGCCGAUUUUCCGACUUCGUCCAGCAAAAUGGGGAGGACGAUCAAGAUGAUGCCGAUGCCGAGGAGGAUGACGACGACGCAUUCGAGCACUUCAAGCUACCUAGUCCUAUCAACCACCAGAUGCCCAAUGCGGCCCCGCAUAUCCAGGCCAACGCAGAAGAGGAGGAGGAGGAAGACGAGGAAGACGACAAUAUGGAGGAUGUACAGCACGAGCAACCGGCCGAAGCCGAAGAAGACCCUGGUCAGGAGGAUAUAGAUCUCGAGGCAGAGCUUAUGGCCGCGCUGGAGGAAGAGAGCGACGUGAGCGAGGAGGAAUAGCGGCGGCGCCAAC